AUGCAGUCGAUUGCAGGGUUUUGUUUUCUGGUGUUACUAACGUUCGCAAUCGUCGGAACGAACGGCAAUCCCGUUGGUCCUGUCGCUACGCCCUACAUUUUGCGUUACGAGAGCAACAAUGCAGCCAAUGAAGGAUACAACUUUGAAUACGAGCUGAGCGAUGAGCAGCGACGCCAAGAGGCAGGAACGCUUCGAGGGGCCAAGAACGAGGAAGGCAACGAGGUGCAGGUCGUUGUCGUCCAAGGACGAUACUCGUUCGUUGGCGAUGAUGGUCACACGUACUGGGUGGAGUAUUCGGCCGAUGAGAACGGAUACCGCACCAGGAUGGGCACCGGGGAGGCCGAUACGGAUCGCACGCUGGACCUGCGCCGAGGCAAACGAUCACCUUCAUCACCAGCAGCGGCCGCAGCAGCAGCAGCAGCAGCUAGCAGCGAUGCUCAGUGA